AUGGUCAACUUUUUCAGAGCGGCCGCUGCCAGUGUUGCGGCCUUUGUCGCCGCCGCGCAGGCCGCCGCCGUGGGCAACACCUUUGCGUCGGGGUACCCCGGCUCGAUCGAGGUGCGCUCCACGAGCCCGCUCACGAUCCGGUACUCGACGUCGCAGCCCGACGACCGCAACUGGAUCGGCAUCUACCCAGCCGUCGACGGUGGCGGGCCGGACAACCAGCAGCAGGGCUCCAAGGCCUCCGUCAAGUGGGCAUACGCGCCGGGUCUCGACGGCACCAUUACCAUCCCGACCGACGGCUUGCCCGGCGGCGACUACAAGGCCUACUUUCUCGCGCGCGACGCCUACCUCUGGCAGGGCGCGCCGGUGCAAGUUUCCCUCGACAAGAGCUAUCCGGGCGUGCUCAAGGUCACCAGCGGGUACCCGCUGCGCGUGCAGUACAACACGACGCGGCCAAACGACAAAAACUGGAUCGGCGUCUACUUUGCGUCGGGCGGCGGGCCGGACGCGGGCACGCAGCAGCCCAACGAGAGUUCCGUGCGGUGGGCGUACGCCGGCGAGGCGCAAGGGACCGUCGAGAUCCCCACCGACGGCUUCGGCGACGGCGUGUACAAGGCGUACCUGCUCGCCGACAAUGGCUACGAGUCGCUGGCGUCGCCGCAGAUUUUUGCGCAGGGCAACGCCGUCUUCAAGGGCGCGCUCGUCGUCGACUACGCGGCCGACGCGUUUACGUUUCACUACACGACGCAGCGCGCCGCCGCCAACAACUGGAUCGGCAUCUGGCCGGCCGGGCACGGGCCUGACAGCCAGACGGGCGUCGGCGCCUCGCUGGCCUGGGAGUAUGCGGCGGAAGGGCGCGGCGUGAAGAAAGUGGACGCGAGCAAGCUGGCCUCGGGACAGUACCAGGCGUUUUUCCUCGCGAGCGACAAGUACAACUGGCUUGCGAGCCCCAUCACUAUUCAUAAGUGA